CACCGGUUCUGGUGUAGUGGUGUACCUGUGAGCUUGUGUCUCAUCAAGGGACAACAGCAUGCUCAGACGGCUGGCUCGGUCAACCCCUGUCCUGCCGUGUGGUCCAGUGAGUCCCGUUGUCUUGGUGUGGGGUUUUUGUGUUUGUGUUUGUCUGUGUGUGUGUGUGUGUGUGUGUGUGUACUGACCCGUUUGGAUGUCCUGUUUUUUUGGUCCUUGUCCUGCUUCGUCCCUGUCCCCUUCUUCCCCGUUCUCUCAGGUUCUUUCGUAGACUCGCCGCCCCAAUCGAACGGCCAGUCCUUUCGGACACGGCCUAUCCCAGGGUGGCAGGUGCCCCAGCAGGGCAAGGAGGGGCGGGAACUACGUGUCGUAGUCAACACCAAUGACCCAGACUACGAGCAUAUCUUCUCUAUUGAGAACUAUGAUGAUCCCUUGGAGGAAGUGAUUGACUUCACCCCGACAGCCAUACUCAAUAAGGGUGAAGCCAGCACUGUUAAUCCUCUCCAAGGUGUGAGACCCAAGAGACAGGCCCCAGGGGCAGAAAACGCCUGCUUGUUGCCCUUGGAGGAGGGGAGCUGCUUGCGGUACACAAUCCGCUGGUACUUCCAUGCCCUGGUGGGAGCAUGCCGGCCCUUCAUCUACAGCGGCUGCGGAGGCAAUGGCAACCGCUUCCUGACCAAGGAGGAGUGUGAGGAACACUGCCUGGGAGAGAGUACAGAUUCGAUGUCCGCCAGGGUGGGACGGUGAUUUUCCAUGGGUACUCUGCUCUCUAAACUCUCUAAUUCUAAGGAAUGCCAAGAAAUCAUAAUGGAAUACAGUGGAACCUCAGAGACACAAACUUCAAGAAUAUGGGUUGUUUGGAGCUCUUGAAAUUUUACUUAAACUGAAAUAUAAAUGCAUCAAUUUUAAUUGGAAUAGAUUCUUUUAAAAAAAUAAUUUAAAAAAACAGGCUGUUAUUUUGUGGCUAUGAAUCUUUUUUAAAGUUAAUAAUCAACGAUUAAACACUCCUUAGAUGGGAUCUCAUUAGAACAUUUUUUUUUUGCAUUGGGUUCCUGAAAGUAAGCACAAUGGCAUAAUGAUCUGUCUAUAGCCGAUAACUGUGAGCAUAAAAAGAUGCUACCAUCAUGCAUUAUGAAAAAUAAAGACAAUAUCAGUUUGAAAUGUCAUAAUUACAGAAUUUAUGUGUUCAUUACAAUUACAGAGGAAUUGAAAACUGUUGACUCAGAAAAGUUAUAGGUAGAAGGAUACAGGUACUGGAGUUCAGAGCAGGCUAGGGAUGAUUCUAGCCACAUCAUGAUAGACACGGCAUCAGUGAGGGAAUAUCAAAAGGAGAACAGCAGUCGAUGAAAGAGCAGGCAGCUCCUGACUACCCAACUACCCAAACUGCUUAUUGUAGGUAUUUGAUAACUGCAUCUGUCAAUUGGUCAAACAAUGCAUUAAAGCAUGUGUGUUAUUUCACUCAAGAAGGUACUGUUGUUCUCGUUUGUCACUUUUUGCAAAUAACAGAAUCUAUGUAUCGAAUAAUAAUGAGCUUGAAAAGGUGUAAUUGCCUAUGGUACGUCCAGGCUCAUACCCUGUUUCACUGACCAGUAAGUCUGUGUCUCUGAGGUUCAUAUAUCUGUGUUUCUGCUGUAUCUAAAAAUUAUUUUGAAAUAUAUUUUUAAGAAAUAUUUUACAGCUAUUCAUGUAAGCUGCUGUAGGUGAGCUUCAUAAGCGAUGGUGGUCUUCAGUUCAUCUGUUCAUUUUUGUUUCAGUGAUCUACUCAGCAGAUAUUUUUGUGUGAUCCAUUAAGCCCAGUCAUUAACACGUUGCAUCUGUAUUACAAAAAUAUCAAGUAUUACCUCUUGUUCUUUUGAAUAUAAAUACACUUUCAACAAUAUUUCUAUGAACAAAUUGAUUAAACAAAGGUUAUUUAUUUGAUAAGUUAAUUGGCAAUGGUGCAUUUUUAUGGCAGGUGAGCCUGAUUCUGUAUGUAAUGAUGUUUGUGUACUGUAAGGAUCUGGUAGUAGAUCAUAUCCAUGCAAUGAAGCUUUUCCUCUUUAAAGCCUUUUAUCUCUGUGCACUUUCUGAGUUUCUUUUAAAUCCAUAUAAUUCACCAAUAUGUAUUCACGCCUUUGAGUAUAGUUUCAAUAUAGCUCCAUCUGGAUUAGGAGCAAAUGGAUGGUCAUCUGUAUGUUCAAGAAAAAUGGUGCUGUUGUAGUCCUUAAGCAAAUAAUUUGUAAUCCUUGGAAUAUAAGCAAUAACUAAGCAAGUAGCCAAUACUGCCACUUUCCUGAAGUCUUAUGCGGUGCUGUUGAAAUCCUUUUAAAAGACCACAAGAAGUUCUGGUCAAAAAGGUCCCGAGCAGUGUUGCAAAUUUAAAUAUUUUUAUCUUCUCAAUUCAGUUUUUAUCAUUCAGGGAUCUCUCCUUAUUAUUACAAUUCAACAUUCUCCACUUGCCGUUUUACCACCAGAGCAAAACUUUGUGUGCUGUCUGAAGACGUACAUUUAGUCAGCCUUAUUUCAGGCUAUUUGUAAUACUGUUUAAUGAAACGUGUAUCCCAAAGCUUGGAAAGGCAAGGCUUUUUAAUUACCUGAGGAAUGUGCUUAGUGUAUUGGUGCUGAAGAGAUCUCUAGUUAAUGAGUAACGUCCACACAAUAUUGUAACAAUAUUACAAUCAUGUUGCAGUUCAUUAGCUGGAUAUUGGUUCUUUCCAAAUCCUUGCAAAUGUACAAGGGUAUCAUAAGCGUAUCAGUGGGGUAGCAAAAUCUGUCCCUUAUGUACAUAUAUAUUUUUAUUACCUGGGGAACAAUCUUGAUAAUAUGUUGUUUUGAUUGUUUAAAAUUUCUGUUGUGUUAGUUGUGUUUAACAUUGCAUGUUUCUUUGCAAAAAGGUGCUAUUUUUAAAAUGUUAUUUUUGUAUUGUAUUUUUUCAAAGAAUGAUGAAAGCUGAUGUUUUUGUCCUGUCUGAAGAUGAAAAACAAUUAUUAAUCAUCAAUUUUUUAAAUAUGGAAAAUAAACAAGACUAAAAGACAAAAACAAUA